GCAUCAAUCACAGCACGCACCUCGACGUGCAAGACCCUAGGUCUGACAAGCCGAGCGCACCUGUGACGGCGUCGGAGGUCGAGCGAACGCGGCGAGGCUGUGAAGACAGCGCCACUUAGUGUCGGGCGAAGAAACCACCUCUCGAAGGACCAUGAUCGCAACGAAGAUAAUCACAUUGGCAGUGCUAGCAACAUUUCCACACAACAGUACAUCUAGAAACGUCAUACCAAAUAAUAAUGGAACUGAAGUCACUUAUGCAGCAACACAAUCGAUGCCUGACACAAUUAAAAACUUAUUGUGUCAGCUGUUGUGCCACAUAGAAGCAAUGAAAGAGAAAUUGGGGAAUGCGUUACAAGCAGCAUGUGGAUACAAAACGGAAAAUAAGGACGGGACAAGUAUACAAAAUAGAGAUUGUUACAUAUGUAAAGAUCAAAGCAGCCCCAAUGCUAUGGCACAACUUACAAAUAUGGCCAUAAGUAAAACUAAACAAGAAAAUAGCAAUAAUUCAUAUUCAGUUACUACAGAAGUGCCAAUAACUACAAAGAAAACAUUAAAAAUGGAAACAAAUACAGCAUAUAUUAAACCAAAAACAGUACCAACAGUGAUUAAAAAACCUACAUCACAAACAAAUACCACUACUUCUGUGAACACUACAGGACUUACAAGAACAAUUGUUACGCAGACACAAAAUACCAAAAACACCACCGAAAGUAACUAUGAAAAAACAAGUAGUACUACUGAGACAACUAAUACAGCAUCUAUUACAACAACAACACCAACAUCGACUAAACCCCCUAAAUCUCUGACAAAUAUCACUACUUCGGUGAGCACUACAGAAAUAACAACACCCCAGAGUAUCACAUCAACAGCGACUGAACCCCCUACAUCUAUGACAAGUACCACUACUUCGGUGAGCACUACAGAAAAAACAACACCACAAAAUAUCACAACCACCACAAAAAGUAACUGUGACAAAACAAAUAGUACUACUAUUACAACAACACCAACCGCGACUGAACCCCCUACGUCUAUGACAAGUACCACUACUUCGGUGAGCAAUACAGAAAUAACAACACCACAGAAUAUCACAUCAACAGCGACUUUAACCCCUACAUCUAUACCAAGUACCACAACUUCGGUGAGCACUACAGAAAUAACAACACCACAGAAUAUCACACCAACAGCGACUCAACCCCCUACAUCUCAGACAAGAACCACUACUUCGGUGAGCACUACAGAAAUAACAACACCACAGAAUAUCACAUCAACAGCGACUGAACCCCCUACAUCUCAGACAAGUACCACUACUUCGGUGAGCACUACAGGAAUAACAACACCACAGAAUAUCACAACCACCACCAAAAGUAACUGUGACAAAACAAAUAGUACUACUAUUACAACCACACCAACCGCGACUGAACCUCCUACGUCUAUGACAAGUACCACUACUUCGGUGAGCACUACAGAAAUAACAACACCACAGAAUAUCACAUCAACAGCGACUGAACCCCCUACAUCUCAGACAAUUACCACAACUUCGGUGAGCACUACAGGAAUAACAACACCACAGAAUAUCACAACCACCACCAAAAGUAACUGUGACAAAACAAAUAGUACUACUAUUACAACCACACCAACCGCGACUGAACCUCCUACAUCUCAGACAAGUACCACUACUUCGGUGAGCACUACAGGAAUAACAACACCACAGAAUAUCACAACCACCACCAAAAGUAACUGUGACAAAACAAAUAGUACUACUAUUACAACCACACCAACAGCGACUGAACCCCCUACAUCUCAGACAAGUACCACUACUUCGGUGAGCACUACAGGAAUAACAACACCACAGAAUAUCACAACCACCACCAAAAGUAACUGUGACAAAACAAAUAGUACUACUAUUACAACCACACCAACCGCGACUGAACCCCCUACAUCUCAGACAAGUACCACUACUUCGGUGAGCACUACAGGAAUAACAACACCACAGAAUAUCACAAACACAACCAAAAGUAACUGUGACAAAACAAAUAGUACUACUAUUACAACCACACCAACCGCGACUGAACCCCCUACAUCUCAGACAAUUACCACAACUUCGGUGAGCACUACAGGAAUAACAACACCACAGAAUAUCACAACCACCACCAAAAGUAACUGUGACAAAACAAAUAGUACUACUAUUACAACCACACCAACAGCGACUGAACCCCCUACAUCUCAGACAAGUACCACUACUUCGGUGAGCACUACAGGAAUAACAACACCACAGAAUAUCACAACCACCACCAAAAGUAACUGUGACAAAACAAAUAGUACUACUAUUACAACCACACCAACCGCGACUGAACCUCCUACAACUAUGACAAGUACCACUACUUCGGUGAGCACUACAGAAAUAACAACACCACAGAAUAUCACAUCAACAGCGACUGAACCCCCUACAUCUCAGACAAUUACCACAACUUCGGUGAGCACUACAGGAAUAACAACACCACAGAAUAUCACAACCACCACAAAAAGUAACUGUGACAAAACAAAUAGUACUACUAUUACAACAACAACACCAACAGCGACUGAACCAACUACGUCUACGACAAGUACCACUACUUCGGUGAGCACUACAGAAAUAACAACACCACCACAGAAUAUCACAUCAACAGCGACUCAACCCCCUACAUCUAUACCAAGUACCACAACUUCGGUGAGCACUACAGAAAUAACAACACCACAGAAUAUCACAUCAACAACGACUGAACCCCCUACAUCUAUGACAAGUACCACUACUUCGGUGAGCACUACAGAAAUAACAACACCACCACAGAAUAUCACAUCAUCAGCGACUGAACCCCCUACAUCUCAAACAAGUGCCACUACUUCGGUGAGCACUACAGAAAUAACAACACCACAGAAUAUCACAACCACCACCGAAAGUAACUGUGACAAAACAAAUAGUACAACUAUUAAAACAACAACACCAACAGCGACUGAACCCCCUACGUCUAUGACAAGUACCACUACUUCGGUGAGCACUACAGAAAUAACAACACCACCACAAAAUAUCACAUCAACAGCGACAGAACCCCCUACAUCUAUACCAAGUACCACAACUUCGGUGAGCACUACAGAAAUAACAACACCACAGAAUAUCACAUCAACAGCUACUGAACCCCCUACAUCUCAGACAAAUACCACUACUUCGGUGAGCACUACAGAAAUAACAACACCACAGAAUAUCACAUCAACAGUGACUCAACCCCCUACAUCUCAGACAAGUACCACUACUUCGGUGAGCACUACAGAAAUAACAACACCACAGAAUAUCACAUCAACAGCGACUCAACCCGCUACAUUUCAGACAAGUACCACUACUUCGGUGAGCACUACAGAAAUAACAACACCACCGCAGAAUAUCACAUCAACAGCGACUGAACCCCCUACAUCUAUACCAAGUACCACAACUUCGGUGAGCACUACAGAAAUAACAAAACCACCACAGAAUAUCACAUCAACAACGACUGAACCCCCUACAUCUAUGACAAGUACCACUACUUCGGUGAGCACUACAGAAAUAACACCACAGAAUAUCACAUCAACAGCGACUGAACCCCCUACAUCUCAGAUUAUUACCACAACUUCGGUGAGCACUACAGGAAUAACAACACCACAGAAUAAUACAACCACCACCAAAAGUAACUGUGACAAAACAAAUAGUACUACUAUUACAACAACAACACCAACAGCGACUGAACCAACUACGUCUAUGACAAGUACCACUACUUCGGUGAGCACUACAGAAAUAACAACACCACCACAGAAUAUCACAUCAACAGCGACUCAACCCCCUACAUCUAUACCAAGUACCACAACUUCGGUGAGCACUAUUGAAAUAACAACACCACAGAAUAUCACAUCAACAACGACUGAACCCCCUACAUCAAUGACAAGUACCACUACUUCGGUGAGCACUACAGAAAUAACAACACCACCACAGAAUAUCACAUCAUCAGCGACUGAACCCCCUACAUCUCAAACAAGUGCCACAACUUCGGUGAGCACUACAGGAAUAACAACACCACAGAAUAUCACAACCACCACUAAUAGUAACUGUGACAAAACAAAUAGUACUACUAUUACAACAACAACACCAACAGCGACUGAACCAACUACGUCUAUGACAAGUACCACUACUUCGGUGAGCACUACAGAAAUAACAACACCACCACAGAAUAUCAGAUCAACAGCGUCUGAACCCCCUACAUCUAUACCAAGUACCACAACUUCGGUGAGCACUACAGAAAUAACACCACAGAAUAUCACAUCAACGACGACUGAACCCCCUACAUCUAUGACAAGUACCACUACUUCGGUGAGCACUACAGAAAUAACAACACCACAGAAUAUCACAUCAACAGCGACUCAACCCCCUACAUCUCAGACAAUUACCACUACUUCGGUGAGCACUACAGGAAUAACAACACCACAGAAUAUCACAACCACCACCAAAAGUAACUGUGACAAAACAAAUAGUACUACUAUUACAACAACAACGCCAACAGCGACUGAACCAACUACGUCUAUGACAAGUACCACAACUUCGGUGAGCACUACAGAAAUAACACCACAGAAUAUCACAUCAACAACGACUGAACCCCCUACAUCUAUGACAAGUACCACUACUUCGGUGAGCACUACAGAAAUAACAACACCACAGAAUAUCACAUCAACAGCGACUGAACCCCCUACAUCUCUGACAAAUACUACUGAAAGAAAACGUAACGAAAUAAGAACCACUACUGAGACACCAGCAACAUCGACAACUAUUAUUACAACCACUCCAACACCAAUUUCAACCGCUAUGAGUUUACUACCACAGAUUCCACUACUAUCUUUAACCCCCACUAAAAGUGAAAACGAGAAAACAGAUUUAAGAAGUUCAGUUUUGUUACCACGAGCAGGUGCUCUGCAUGUUAGUAACUGUCCAAACGCUAAUCAGCCAAGUACUACGCCACCUAUGAAGAUGUAUUGCGACUGUUGGUACCGCAAACAAUAGGUCUUGCACUUGAAAUGUAAACUUUUUUUUUUUGCUUUUUUGAGAUAUGAAUAAUGUUGGUUUUCUUAUAAAAUGUUGUCACUUUACAAA